ACCCACAGCGCACGCAGGACUGCCCGGAGUGAGAGGGGAGUGCUGCGUGACCCCUCCGGAACUGCUGAGAGCCACCAGGAUCCCAUUGGACACCAUUAGGACCCUACUGGACACCACCUGGCGCAACACCCCAGGAUCCAGCCAGACACCUCGCAUACCACCAGGACCCCCUGAGCACCACUGGGACCCCCCCCCCCCCCGUCCCCAAGAACCAUGGAGACCCCACUGGGCAGAACUGAGACCCCCCCAGAUACCACCAAGACCCUCCUGGACACCUCCGGGACUCAUUUGGAGACCACCAGGAGCCCAUUGGAAGCCACCGAGACCCCUCCAGACCCCACUGUGACUCCCCGGGAGCCCACCGAGUCUCCCCGCGGUACCACCUGCCCACCCCCAACCCGCUGGGGCAUCUGCUCGGCUGGCAAAAUCAGCCACGACUUCCUGGUGGCCCUGCGCACACUGCCUCCCGAGGAGCACCUGGCUGUGGCGGUGGCAGCACGGGAGCUGUCCCGUGCCCAGCAGUACGCGCAGCUGCACGGGGUGGCACGCGCCUAUGGGAGCUACGAGGAGCUGGCAAGAGACCCCCAAGUGGACGUGGUCUACGUGGGCACGGUGAACCCGCAGCACCUGCCGGCCACCCUCCUGUUCCUGCGGGCACGCAAGGCUGUGCUGGUGGAGAAGCCAUUGGGCAUCAGCGCCCGCGAGGCCAAGGAGAUGGCAGCAGCUGCAAGGGAGGCGGGCGUCUUCCUGAUGGAGGGCUUCUGGACCCGCUUCUUCCCAGCCUGGAAGCGGCUGCGGGCGCUGGUGGAUGAGGGGGCUUUGGGGGAGUGCCGGGUGCUGCAGGGGGCCCUGGCCUUCCCCCUGCGGGCCGUGGAGAGGCUGCGAGAGCCCAGCCUGGGUGGAGGGGCCCUCCUGGACCUGGGGGGCUACGGACUGCAGAUGGCCAGCGCCUUGCUGGGGAGGGGAUGCCCACCCCUACGCCUGCGGGCAGAGGGCUGCCUGCACCCCUCCGGGGUGGAUGAGACAGUGACGCUGACGCUGCAGUACGAGGGGGGGAAGCAGGCAGCACUGACCGUGUCCAUGGAUGCAAAGCUGCCAGGGGGCGCCGCGCUGGGGGGAACCCGCGGCUGGGUGGAGAUCCCCAGCCACCUGAACUGCCCCACUGAGCUGAUCUGGGAGGGCAAGAGAGAGGUUUUCCCCUUGCCCCCCCCCGCGGAACCCCUGAACUACCCCAACAGCACAGGGCUGCGCUACGAGGCCCAGCAUGUGCGGGAGUGCUUGCUGAAGGGGCUGACUGAGAGCCCCGUGAUGACGUUGGCUGAGAGUGAGCUGAUCGCCGAGAUGAUGGAUGAGGCACGGCACCAGGUGGGGGCUGUAGGGCCGGGGGGCACUGUCGCAUAACAGACCAUUUCCACUCCCCCACCCCCUGCAAAACAUGAGCAGAAUAAAGCGAUCAACCUGC